AUGGAUUCUGUCAGCCACCCGGAAUCGACGCCGAAACCCUUCCCCUUGAUCCCCUUCUCACGAGACCCGGACUUUGUCCCCCGCGGCGACCUACUCGGCCGAAUCCAAGCCCAAUGCGCUCAGCCCGGUGGUCGGGCGGCCCUGGUCGGCCUCGGAGGUGUUGCAGAUGUAGGCUGCGGCGGCACAUGGGUGUUCUGGGUGCAUGCCGGCACCAGGGCCCGCGUGGAGGAGGGCUUCCGUGCCAUUGCUGAUGCCGUCAAGCUUCCUGAUAGGCACCUCCCCAAAGCUGAUGUCCUGCGACUCCUGUACUCCUGGCUCUCGAACGAGAAGAAUGGCAGAUGGCUGCUUGUCCUUGACAGCGCCGACGAUUAUGAAGUCUUCUACGGCGCAGAACCAGGCAAGAGCCAGCCUCUCGCAUCGUACCUACCCCAAAGUCCCAAUGGCGCCAUCCUCGUCACCACUCGGGAUCAUGGGCUCGCAGUCCGACUUACUGGCAAUUACCGCGGCGCCAUCCAGGUCGGGCCCAUGACACCAGAUGAGGCCAUCUUGUUUCUAGAGAAGAAGCUUGGUGUGUCUAGCGAACCCGAGCUGGCCGCGGAGCUGGUAGCUACCCUAGACUGCAUCCCCCUCGCCAUCAACCAGGCAGCGAGCUACAUCCAGGCACGGUCACCGCGCUGUACGAUGCAAAAGUAUUUGGUAGAGUUUCGCGAAAGUGAGAAAAAGAGCGCCAAGCUUCUGGCUCAUGAUGCUGCAGAGCUGCGGCGAGAUGGGUCAGCCUCAAACGCUAUCAUGAAGACCUGGCAGAUCUCCUUUGACCAUAUCUGCUCAAAACAGCCAUCCGCGGCCGACCUACUGUCUCUGAUGAGCUUUUUUGACUAUCAAUCAAUUCCCGAAUCUGCUCUUAACCCGGAAAAUGAGUACGAUUCCGACUUUGACUCGGACCUGGAGUCGAAUGGUGAUACAGAGGAACUUGCCAACGAAUUCUCGACCCUUCAUCUUCUAGCCGCCAAGAAGAAACAGAAUCAAAUCCCAAGCAAUUCAGAAUUUGACUCGGAUAGCGACUCAGAUGAUGACAGUUUUGAAGACGAUGUUUCAAUGUUGCGAAACUUUUGUCUCGUCUCAGUCACCGCAGCCGGCAACCAGUUCGAAAUGCAUCGACUAGUUCAACUGGCCACGAGAAAAUGGCUGGCUGUAACGAAGCGACAUGAGCGAUUCAGGCAGCUCUUCAUACACAGAGUAUUUAUUUCGAUGCCAUCACCAGAUACGUACAAUAUCUUCCGUUUUCGACAGAUUAUUGUCCAUAUGCAAAUCGCGGCUAGCUAUCGCCCAAACAAAGCAACUACUCGUGCUUGGUGUGCAAUCUGCAAUCGCUUAUCGUGGCUUCGAUACGUCACCGGGCUGAGUAGCGAAGCGAGAGAGCCAUUAGAUAAAGCAUACACGGCAUGGAGAGAGCGCAAAGGGCCUGAGCAUACGGCUUGCCUUGAGUACAGAAGGUUGUUAGGCGAUAUCCUGCUCGAAUUGGAUCAGAUUUUCGAGGCCGAGGGUAUUAUUAACGAGGUUCUGGAGAUCGCACGAAAGACUGUGGGAGAGGAUAAUGAAUCAACAAUUGUGGCUAUGAUCUCGCUCGCCGAAAUAUAUGUGCGCCAAGGCAGAUAUGAUGAGGCAGAAACGCUUGAAGUCUGCGCUACAGAGGCAGCCAAGCGAGCUCUCGGGCCCGAGGAUCAUAGGACUCUCACCUAUCUAGCUUGCCUAUCUCGAACAUACAUGGCUCAGGGUCGCUCAAAAGAGGCGGAGAAUAUUAGUCAGGCGGCGUUGGAGACUUGCAAGAGAGUCUUUGGGCCAACUGACUAUGAGACACUGGAGUUUAUGGCUGUUCUCGCAGGAACAUAUGAGCACCAGGAACGAUACGAGGAUGCACUACAACUAGAGCUUAAUAUGCUGAAGGUCGCCCAAUCUGCGCCUAGACCUGACAACCUGCUGAUAGCCAAAGGCAUGUCCCGUCUUUCCAACUUGUACAGGUCAAAACACAUGUAUGAACACGCUGAGGAAAUGGACAAGGCCGCUCUUGUUUUGUCUACCAAAGAACUUGGUCCAUCUCACCCAGCAACUCUUGGCAACUUGACCGACUUGGCAUAUGAUUAUCAUGAACAAGGUCGCAAGGAAGAAGCAAUCAUAGUAUUACAUGAUGUAAUAGAAAGGGCAACAUCAGAGCACGGCCGAGAUCAUGCUUAUACAAUCACAUGCAUGGAUUCUGCGGCAAUAAUCUUCUUCAAGCAACGAGAUUACACCACGGCAGAAGAAUUCCGCACACAUAUAUUGUCAUAUCGCAGAAGGACUCUCGGGGACGCCCAUCCGGAUACUAUUUCCGCCAUGGCCCACCUAGCCAGAAUUUUUCGACACCAUUGCAAGUUUGAAGAGGCAAUUUCACUCUUUGAAGAGGCCCUUUCGGGCUCUGAAGCCAAAUUUGGCUUCGAGCACAAGGGUACUCUCCAAAUCGCUCGUAAUGUGGCGUCAAUAUAUUCCUACGGCCUUGAACGCCAUUCCGAAGCCAUCUCAAUACUGAAGAGAGUUUCUAACACCAGCAAAGCAGCGUAUGGCGCAGAGGCCGAGUUGACUCUCCAGUCAAUGCUCGCGCUUUCUGAGUGCCAGCAAAAAGCAGGCUUACUGGUGGAUGCAGAGAGCCUCCAGAGAUUCGUCUUGACGACUCGAAAGUCGGGGCUCGGCCCGCAGCACAAGGAUACGCUGGAGGCGAUGUAUUCUCUCGCCGAUACGUUAGAAGAUGGCAAAAGGUUUGAAGAGGCCGCAGUGCAGUUCAGGGAGGUGCUGUCGGGAUACAAUUCGUGUCCCGAUAGCACGGGAAUUUGGGCGGCGAUGGCUGCCGAAGCCUUGGGUCGAAAUCUAGUCUCCUGCGGCAAGUUUGAGGAGGCUCUGGGGGCAUUCACAGAGGCUUUUUGUCUCUUCCAGGAGACCCUUGGGGGGGAUGAUCCGUCAACUUUGACAUGCCUCAGCUGGAAGGGCCACGUCUAUGCAGAACAAGAGAGAUGGACAGAAGCAGCGGAGGAAUACGCGCACGUACUGGAGGUGAGAAAGAAUGUGCUCGGGCCGAACGAACGGAGCACGUUGUUCACGAUGCGGAGGCUCGCGGUUGCUUUGAGCCACGCGGAUGAGCUGGAGAAGGCCCUGGCCGUGCUUUCGGAGUGCGUGGACAGGGCGAGGCAGCAUCUUGGGCCGGAGGAUCCUGACACUUUGGAGUUUGUGGAAUUGCUGGCGGAUGCGCUGGAAGACGACGAGGGAUCCGAUACACCGAACAGCUCAGUCUUCGAAGACUGCCCCAUCCGCGAUGGGCCAGAGGUUACCGAGAUUGUCGGCGAUGAUGCUACAGGAUCCGCAACGAAAGAGAAGGCUGAUCAAACGGGCGGGGUGGAAGAUUGA